CUUGCGUGAAGAAGCUGUUGCAGUUUGCUUAAUCGCCUCAGCCUCACUCGCAUUCAGGCUGCCGCCUUUACUCUCACUGAAAGUGAGAAKUUGGAAGCGAUUAAAGGCGGGAUACAGAUCUUUAGCAAACAAGGGUACACUGUGCGUUAUAUAUUUGUAGUGUUGGAGUUCCGACUCGGAGUUACGGCAUGGGGAACGGCAUCAAUAAGGUUCUUCCAGAUUUGUACUUGGGAAACUUUAAAGAUGCAAGGGAUAGAGAACAGUUGGCCAGAAACAACAUUACACACAUCCUGUCUGUUCAUGAGUGUGCAGCUCCUAUGCUACCGGAGAUGACCUAUCUCUGCCUUACAGCAACAGACAUGCCCUCACAGGAUCUAACUCAGCACUUUAAAGAGAGUAUAACGUUCAUACACGAGUGCCGGCUGAAGGGAGAGGGCUGCCUCGUUCACUGUUUGGCAGGAGUGUCUCGCAGCGUCACCCUGGUAAUAGCCUACAUCAUGACAUUGACAGGCCUGGGCUGGCAGGACGCGCUCAAUGCGGUGAGAGCCGUCCGGCCCUGCGCCAACCCCAAUUUGGGUUUCCAGAAGCAGCUGCAGGAGUUUGAGGAUACUCGAGCUGAAGAGUUCAGGGAAUGGUUUCAAAUGACAUACGAGGGCAACCCCUUCAAUGAUACUGCGGAGAUACUUAAGCUACUGGACAGGCUUCCCURAUGUCAACAAGUUGGGGAUGGAAAACCAUGUGUCAACUCCGCCUGAAGAUAUUUGAACUGAGCUGAGAUCUUUUGCAGCUCAACCAAACUGACUGUGGCAUCCUGAAGAGGUUUGCACCUGGGUGGACGUCUAACACUCUGAAAUGCACUGUUCUCUGAAUCUUUCCUACACAUUCAAUGACUGUCACGGACUUUUUACAUGCAUUGCAUCUGUUUCUAGAAUUGARCUGUUUCUAAGAUUUCUUUUGUGUUUUUUUUUUUUUUACUUGCAAAGGUUUUUUUUUU